AUGAGCCUUACUCGGAAUAGCAUUAACUUCAACGACGUCCUCAAAAGGGGGGAUAUUUUUUAUCAAGAUGAUGUUGUCAAACACAAGGCACGUCACGGUAGCCGUCUAUACGAAGCGGUAAGGCUUCUUCCAGAGUUUAGGGUGCAUUACCAAAGAGAAAGGCCGCCUGUCAGCAGUUGCAGCUCGUUCGAAAUGUGUCCAAAGCUCCUAGAUCAUCAGGACAUGAUUAGUUUCGUAAGAGUACCGACGAUGAAUAUGAAAUAUCGCAAGAUCAUAAUAAUAUUGGUGGUUUGGAGCAGACCCCUGAGCGGGAAGAAAUUUUUGGUUGCGGAAGAUAGUGAAGUGAACCGCAGGCUAGCUAUGAUGCCAGAAAUGGAUGGGUUUGAAGCAACAAUGCAAAUAAGGAAAGAGAAAGAACCUUCCAAUGUUCACAUUCCCAUCAUUCCAUUAACUGGUCAUGCACCAGGCGAGGAAAGAAAAAAGAGGAUUGAGGCUCGCAUGACGACCAUUUAA